ACGGUGCGUUUGGGCGCGUCUUUCUUGAGUCGGCGAGUCUCUGUGUGUGUGGAUCUGCAACAAGCGUGGAAGAAGAUGCAGUGGUACUUGGUCGCUGCGCUCCUCACCGUUCUCACCAGUUCUCAGGGAAUAUUAACAACCCUCUCGCAAAGUAAUGGACAAUAUGAGUAUGAUUAUGCGACUGUCCCAUUUCUUGCUGAGUUUUUCAAGCUUGCCGUGUCAAGUUUGUUACUGUGGAAGGAAUGUCAAAAGUCACCUCUGCCAAAGAUGACAACGGAGUUGAAAACGGUGACUUUGUACCCCAUUCCUUCUAUUAUAUAUCUGAUCCACAAUAAUGUUCAGUUUGCUACCCUCACAUAUGUGGACACUUCAACCUACCAGAUAAUGGGAAAUUUGAAGAUUGUUACCACUGGAAUACUAUUUAGACUGUUCUUAGGGAAGAGGCUUUCUAACUUGCAGUGGAUGGCAAUUGUGCUGCUGGCUGUUGGGACAACCACAAGUCAGGUUAGGGGCUGUGGAGAGGCUUCAUGUGACUCCCUUUUGUCCGCACCAAUUCAGGGCUAUAUGUUAGGAGUUCUAUCUGCUUGUCUCUCAGCAUUAGCUGGAAUUUAUACCGAGUUCUUGAUGAAGAAAAACAAUGACAGCUUAUACUGGCAGAAUAUACAGUUGUACACUUUUGGAACAAUUUUCAAUAUGGCCCGACUUCUUAUGGAUGAUUUCAGAGGUGGAUUUGAAAAUGGACCCUGGUGGCGACGUAUUUUCAAUGGAUACUCUAUCACUACCUGGAUGGUGGUAUUAAAUCUAGGGUCUACUGGUCUUUUAGUGUCAUGGUUAAUGAAACAUGCAGAUAAUAUUGUCAAGGUCUAUUCCACAUCAAUGGCAAUGCUGCUGACAAUGAUACUAUCACUAUUUCUCUUCAACUUCAAACCUACAUUGCAGCUUUUCUUGGGCAUUAUUAUUUGUAUGAUGUCUCUGCACAUGUAUUUUGCCCCACCAAAUAUGCUCUUAGAUGCACCAUUACCAGUUAAAUCAGAUGAAGAGAAGCUCAUUGAAGUUUCCGUUGAUCGAAGAACACAUUCAUGAUGUUAUAUUGAUAUCUGAAUACAAUGCUUUGGUGGCCCAUUCAUUUGUACAUAGCAGAAAUGCAGAACUAUUCCGAUCUGCAAUGAUUCAGUGAUUUCGAAGAGCAUUGGCAUCUUCAAUGGGAUGACUUGAACUCUCUAUAUAGCUAAUUUGAACAUCCCUUGUUUUGCCUGUGUUUAAAUAUAUAGGAGGAGGAUACUGAAGGAAAAGAGGGCACAGAAUGCGGUUUAAACGGAAAUAGAAUCUUGCCAUUUGCUUUUGGUGAGUCUUUAACUUCUCUUGCUGGUAGUGGUAGGGAUGCUACUCAUUGACCCUAUGGCACAUUAAGUCGAGCUACCGUAUGUGGUUUAUAUUUCUGCCUGAUUGCUGUACACUCUAAACAAUUUU